AUGGCCCUUUCUGGCGCGGCUGCGGAGGCCGCUUCCCAGGAUGAAGAUCGCCUCUUGGACGCUGGGGGCGGCGACUGUGGGGCGGUCCCCGUCGACGGCUACAAUGGCAAACGCAAGGCUGACUCGCUGGUGGACCUGAUCACUCUGGGAUCCGACGAAGAAAUGGACGGGGAGGCCGCGCCGUCCGCCCAACCUGGAUGGCUGAAGGCGCUCAUCCUUCCCAUGAAUCGAGUCAGCGCUUCGGUCGGCACGAUGCAGCAGCAGUUGGCUGACCACGACCUCAAGUUCGAGACUAUGCAGCGCCAAUACGAUUCCAUCCACACUGAUAUUCAAUCAUCAGUCGACAAGGCUCUCGACACCGUCUUGGACGCUAAGAGUCGAGCCAAGUUCGACGAGCUCGACCGCAAGUUUCAGUUGGCUUCCACGGCGGCCUCUUCUGUUGGUGGUAGCUCAGUGGCGGGAGGUUCUGGCAGCUCCCCUAAUCGUGAAGCUGAUGGGCGCCCGCGCACGACACAGACAGCUGGCGACAAAACAAAGGUGUGUAUUGGCGGCUUUAAGAGACCCAUGCUGGCCCGUGUCCUGCAACGGCACUCCGACUGGGUCAAGCAGCAGUUCCCGCUCGACACGACCAAGAACGCCACGGUCCACGCCUCUAACUUUUCGCAGUCGUACAAUUUCAAGUUUCCAGAUGAGGAUGAGGCUAAGAAGUUCCUUGAUGAUGCCAGGACCAGGGGGCUCUUCUACCAGGACACGAAGCUCGGACAGGUCGAGCUGAGGGUCAGGCUCGACGCCCCGCCGUUCGUUCGUGCGCGGCACAAAGUGCUCGGUCAAGUCUGGCAGAGGGUCGUUGAGCACUGGAAGUCUCACAAUGUCGACUUUCGCGGCCAACAUUGGCAGAUCGGCUGCAACGGCUUCCGUGGCUUCUUGUUUGUCACGGUCAAAGACGACAUCUUCGUGCUAGCCCGCAUUCAGGAGCUCGACCACGACCAGUGGGUUCUCGAGUCCGAGCCCAGCCACCUCUCGCAGUUCCAGAUCCCCGAGGCGAGUAUGACGGAGUGGUGCAAGGCAUCGUGGGCUGAAGCGCCCACGCUCUUCGCGAAUUCGAUCACUCAGCAGCAGUACUUCCAGCUCUUCUUCGGCUUCCUUUUCCUCCUCUUCCUCUGGCAGUUCCAGGUCGUCAUCAUCCUCCAGCUCGUCGCCUUCGCCUACGCCGGGUGGCCCGAGUCCGGUGGCAGCGCAGCAGAGGUGUACGAUGAGAUUGGCAUCGGCUCCUUGGACCCCUUUGAGGCUCUCGAGGAAGGUGAAGAUAUUCUACGCGCUGGAGCCCAGAAAUUCAUCUCGUGGGCCCUGGUGGCCAUGCGCAUCGUCAAUCAGUUGCCCCACGAUAGGACCCAAGUUGACCUGCUGGUACGAGCGCUUCGCGCUUACCCUAAGCUCAAGGAGUUCAUUGAGUGCGACUCGCUUCUCUGGCUGGGCCUGGCUGGGUUCCACGCCCACCUCGCCUCCCCCAACAUUCGGCUUCUCGAGGAUCGGCUGCGAGAGGUUGAGGAGGAGGAGAUCCCCGAGCCCCAGAAGCAACUCGAGAGGAUCAAGAUAGGUUUGAAGCUCAACCUCUGGAAGACAGUGGUCAUACGAGUUAUGAGCGCCAAUGACGAGUACAUUCAUCAGAAGCUGCUUGAUGCUGGAUUCAUGCCGUGGUCGUUUCGUGUCGUGCAGUCAGGGAAGUACCUUGGUAUCAUUCUUGGCCAGUCAGGCCACCUUGACAGCUGGAUUGCGCCCACCACCAAGUGUAUCAGUCGUGCACGGGCCAUCAAGCACCUGUCCCUGGGGCUCGCUAAGAGCAUCGUGCUGUUCAACUCGGUGGGUUUCUCUGUCUUAUCGCACGUCAUGCAGUACUAUCGCCCGUCUCCUGAGGCGCUGGCCGCGGCCUUCGCGGCGUGCGACGAGGAGCUGCGGGGUGCGCUGCCCGGGGGCUCGUGCGCGGGCUCCUGCGCCACCUACGCCGCG